GGACGGUCGUUAAGGGGUGACAUUGGACGUCCAAGAAGGGGUUGAAGUCAACUGCUGUCUCAAAGGCCAAAGAUAUCGCCGCUGACGACAUCGGGGGCUCGACUAUAGAUGUCUAAGAGAACGGCCCAGGGUCCUCAAGGGGACAAGGAUAGCGACUUGUUUGCGUUCAACAUGUCGAGCACACCGGACGAUAAGCCGCAGCGGGCAACCGCGGCGCAGAUGGCGAACAGAAAAAUCAGAGACAUUCGGAAGCGUCGUCCCAAUAGUGCUGCUCCGGGUGCUCCCGCGCCAUCGUUCGGAGGAGGUCCUUUCAAUUCUAUCGACCCUAACACAGUUUCAUCUACUCCAGCUAAUCCUCAACCACCUUCCAACGGGUUUACUUUUGGACAAAACCAAAGCUUCCCAGGAGCUAGCCCAGCACCUGCCCAGUCGAAUCAAAACGGAGGCACGCCGUUUGCAUUCGGCUCUGGAAGCGGAAGCUCCUCCUCUUCAUUCAAUUUCUCCUCAUCCUUCGGCGGUACAAGCUCGACGAGCAAUCCGUUUGCCAGCAUGAACACUACUAGCACUAGCUCCGACCAGUCAUCUAAGCCGGCCAGCUUUUCUGGGUUUCAAGGCUCACUCUUCAAUGCCCCACCAGCUGGAAGCCAGUCUCCAGCUCAACAACCUCUGCCGUCAGGUUCAAUGUUCGGGACCCCGUCUCAGCAGAACGCUAGCUCCGGUGGUCUUUUUGGCACCAACGCAGCCGGCGGGCCGCCUGUCUCAUCUGGAGCAGCUACUCCGACCACCGGCAGUAUCUUUGGCCAGAACAAUGCAGCUGCCAGCACUCCUUCAACGAAUGUUUUCGGCCAAUCUAGCGUAAAGAAGCCGUCUCCAUUUGGUCAAUCUACGGCAUUCGGCAGUGACUCGAUGCAAACUUCCCCCGACGCCAAGGGCAGUGCUUCUCAGUCGAAGCCAUCGAUUUUCGCCGGUGCUCCUGCACCUCCGCCUAGCUUCGGAGGCAACACGAGCUUUUCAAGCACUGGAGGCGGUUCAUUAUUUGGCGCGCCAACAUCCUCGGCGGCAGAGACCCCCUCGAAGCCCGUGUUCGAGUUCAAGUCGAGUACCCCUUCGUCAUCGCUUUUUGGCGGUGCUACUACCCAAACCACUUCUAUAGCCACUCCUAGUGCGUCGACACCAGCCUCGGCUGCUGCGACUACAGCUACCCCAGCAUCAUCCUCGAUAUUUGGCGCUGCCUCGGCAGCUAAGCCAUCUGUGAAUCCCUUCCAGUCUACAAAUCUGUUUCAGAGUACUCCCUCAACCGCACAAAAGCCUGCCGAGGAAAAGAAGGAAGAAGACAAGCCUGCUGAAUUGCAGCCCAAGUCUCCAUUCCAAUUUACCCCAUCUACAACGACCACGGGUUCUUCUUUGUUCUCCAAGAGUGAAACUACCGCCCCAGCAGCUCCUUCUGCUGGCUUGUUCCAGACAUCGUCUACCAAGGACCUUUUCGAGCCCAAGCCAGCCGCAACCGCAGCCCCAGAACAGCCGAAGGCGGCAGGAAAUCCCUUCGGAGGCUUAUUUGCGAAGCCCGCGACUCCGAGCAAGCCAGCGGUUGAGCAGCAGCCACUUCCUUCGUCUUCAACUCCAUUCCAGGGUCUCUUUUCCAAGCCGAGUACACCAAGUGAUGCAGGAAAGACAAACGAAGCGGAAAAGCAAUCCACUCCUGGUCAAUUAUCUUUCACACCUUCGACCAAUGGCUUCUCUCAAACAUCGAAUCUCUUCUCACCCAAGCCCCCAGCAUCGCCGGCUCCUGCCCUUGAGACCAAGGCACAGACACCUCUGACUUCUGCAGUUCCUGCUGAAAGUCCCUUCAAGGUGAAUGGCGUGAAGUCGACGCCCCCCGUUCAGACCAAUGGAAUCCCUGCGCCGUCUACUUUUGGGCAAAUCCAGACCCCCAAGGUCUCCGACAAGGCAGAUAAGAAAACCACAGAGGACGCCGAGAUGCUCUACCGUAUGCGUGUUUUGAACGAAUGUUUCAAGCGUGAAAUGGCGAAAAUGGACCCGUCGACCCAAAACUUCGACUCCGCUGUCCAGUUUUACAUGCGUGUUCGUGCCACCCUUGGUGCCUCGGUUGGUGCCAAGCGCAAGGCUGCGGGCGACAAUGUUGAAGGCGGUCCCGCGAAGAAGGUGCAGACAUUCGGUACCCCCUUCGGGCAUGCCGCUGCUCCCAAGGAGAACUCUACUGCUCCGGCCGUGACUGCCCCGAGCUCCACUCCAUUCAAAGCAUUUGGCACAAGCCAGACUGCUCCCAGCAGUGGAAAGAGAAAGUCGAUUGAUGAUGGCGACGACCGUAGUCCUGCCAAGCGGGUCAAUGGGGACUCCACCACCGCAAGCAUUUUCGCGCAGUCGUUCUCCAAGUCAAAGACCGAGUCUGAUGAGUCGGUCGAUGCUGAGUCUUCCUCAGUCAGACCGUCCACCCCAGAAUCUACCAAACCUGCUCUGUUUUCUACGACGCCAUCCACAGCACCCGCCAAGCCUUCAUUUUCUUUCCCACCAGCGGGCAAGAAAGACUCGGCUCCGGCUCCACUCUUCUCAUCCUCCAUGUCUAGUGCUACUUCAACAUCAGCAGCACCGGUCGGAGACGCCCCAAAGAACCCGUUUGUGCUGAAGCCUACUGGGAACGAGGGCGCCUCGAGUCUGCCCAAGUUUGGCUCUACAGGCGGCACGGACUUCUUUGCUCAAUUCAAAGCCCAGUCUGCCAAGGACGCCGAGAAAGAAAAGGAAAAGCGCAAGGCCGAGGACUUCGAUUCUGAGGAAGAAGACGAAGCCGAAUGGGAACGCCGUGAUGCCGAGGAGCAGCGGCAGAAACAGGAGUCCUUCGACAGUCAGACCCAGAAGCGUGCGAAAUUCGUCCCCGGCAAAGGAUUCGUUUUUGAAGACGAGUGCAACGAUUCCUCCGAAAAGAAAUCCGAGGAAGCCUCUGCUGCUGCAUCGAGCGCUGAAACUUCCGUCUUCGCUAAGCAGAACAACACUGCAGUUAAGUCAAGCAACAUUUUUGGUCACCUGUCAGCGACCCCAUCUGAGGCCGACGACAAUGACAACGAGGCGGACGACACCGAAGAAGCCUCCACUCCUGGUGACGAGUCGGAUGAUACGACGGAGAGCAGCCCUGCGAAAUCAGGCACCACUGAUGCGAAGGCGGAUGCUGCAGAGUCGUCGGCCAAGGACUCUGAAAGUGGUGGUCGCAGUCUCUUUGAUCGCGUCCAGUACGACGAGGACGGAAAGCCCAAGCGCCAGGGUGAAGAGGAGCAGAAGGGUUCCAUGUCGACUCUCUUCGGUUCCUCCAAGUUCUCAUCCUCUUUCAACACUCCUACGUCCCUUACUCCAGCCAGCAGCUCCGAGUCCAGCCAAGCUGCCUCAAAACCCCCAACCACCAGUAUCUUUGGCGCUGCGAACACAAGCAGCAGCAUCUUUGGUACUCCUCUAUCGGGCUCUGGCACCAACACCCCGUCGCUUUUUAGCGCUGGCCAAGGCACCACCACCUCGGCCGGGGAUAACACCUGGAAACCCAACUCUCCGAUCAAGUUUGCGACCGACUCGGCUAGCGCUUCAACGUCCAAGCCUGACUCUGGGUCGGCGACACCGGCGCCGGAAGCCCCGAAGCCCUUCUCCAACCUUUUCGGGGCACCGCCAUCCCUGACCAAAUCCUCUACCUCUAAACCCACAACGCCGUCCCUUGGGUUCUCCUUUGGGGCCCCGAAUCAAUCAGCACCAUCUCUCUUGGCUCCAUCAAUCCUUACUUCUGCCACUCCUAGUCGCUCCUCUACUCCGGGAGGCGCAUCUGACACGGGGGCGGAGGAGUCCGGAGAUGGUGAUGCAGCCGAGUCUCUACCCCAGGUCGAUCUGUCACGGGGCGGCGCCGGAGAGGAGAACGAAGAUGUUGUGGCUGAGAGCCGCGCUCGUGCAAUGAAGCAUAGCACUGCCGGGGGAUGGGAGAGUCAAGGCGUCGGUUUCCUGCGUGUUCUGAAAGAUCGGACUACGUCUCGUGGUCGGAUCCUUGUCCGGGCUGACCCGAGCGGCAAUGUCAUCUUGAAUGCGCGCUUGAUGAAUGAAAUCAAGUACUCUGUCGCGAAGAACAGCGUGCAGUUCAUGGUUCCUCAAGCCGAAGGUCCUCCUCAACUGUGGGCUCUCCGGGUCAAGACGAAUGCGGACGCCGAACGUCUCUGCGCGGCCAUGGAAGAGACAAAGAAUUGAUUGCUACGAUUGGAUGUGGUACAUAGGAUAUGCAUUUGAACACAACUUGAUGAUGGACUUCGCAGGCGUCUGAGUGGCGAUGUAUUAUGGUGUGCUUUUUGCUCGAUUUCUG